AUGAUGGACCUGGACGCUGACGAGGUAGAGCGAUGGCUGUGCGAGAAAGCGCCUCAAGACCUGGUGGACCGCGUGAUCCGGGCACGGCUCCAGCACCGCACCGGGUCGUUGACGAUAAGUCGGGCGAAACGCGGCUCCAUGACGUCCGAGAUGUUCAACACUUGGCUGGCGUCGUCUCCGAUCAAACGAUCGAGGUCGCCGAACAGAGUGACACGGAGCAGUGGCGAAUGGAGACAUCGUUUGGGUUUGUUAGACGAAGGGGAGCUUUUUAUGGAGCUCAUUCGGGACGUGUCGAACGAAUUGGAUAUCGACGUCCUAUGUCACAAGAUACUUGUCAACGUCGGUAUAUUAACCAGAGCCGAUCGUGGCAGUCUAUUCCUGGUGAGAGGCAGACAUCUGGUGGCCAAGCUGUUCGACGUAACUGUAGACACGGAACUGAGCGAAGCUGUCGACAAGGCGAAAGAGGAAGAAAUCCAAAUACCGUUCGGAGUUGGGGUGGCUGGCACGGUGGCGGAAACAAAGCAAGUCGUCAACAUCAGGAACGCAUAUCAGGACCCACGGUUCAACCGGGAAAUCGAUCACAUGACUGGCUACACGACCAAUUUGAUAUUGUGCGUGCCGAUCUGCAACUACGACAACGAAGUGAUCGGAGUGGCUCAGAUAAUCAACAAGACCGACGGCAGCCACUCGUUUACCGAGCACGACGUCGAGAUAUUCCAGAGGUACCUGACGUUCUGUGCAAUCGGAAUACAAAAUGCUCAACUGUUCGAAAAGUCUAUACAGGAAUUCCAGAGAAAUCAAAUGUUACUCAGUUUGGCUAGAAGCAUAUUCGAAGAACAGAACAACCUCGAUUGCCUAGUAUCGAAAAUCAUGACCCAGGCCAGAGAUCUGAUCAAAUGCGAACGUUGCGUCGUCUUUCUGCUGGACUUGGAAUGCGAAGAAGCUAGCCAUUUGGAACACUUUGGAGCCAAGCCAGGGAAUUAUUCGCUGGAAAAAAAAGCGUCCACCAAAAACAGCACUGACACGUUGGCCGAAGAGGUUGCCGUUACUCAAGAACAGCAAAAGGACGUCAAUUUCACCACGGCUUUUGAAUUGGGUUCGGAGCUCGGGGUGAAGAAAAUCAAUAAAAACGUCAAGCCGUCCAAACUGCUUCAGAUAGCGCAAGAAGUGGCCAGCUCUACUCAGUUAUUGAACAUAGCGGACGUGCAAGUGUGGGCCGCCUCGUUAAGCCGACAGCCGAGCAUGGAGAGCGACGAGGGAUGUACAGAUCAUGUGCCCAUCAAGUCCAUACUAUGCAUGCCGAUAUUGAACGGCAAAAAAGACGUGAUCGGAGUGGCACAAUUGAUAAAUAAGGAAACCGGUUUUCCAUUUACCGACUGUGACGUGGCGACGUUCGAGGCUUUUGCCAUAUUCUGCGGUCUGGGGAUCCACAACACUCAGAUGUACGAGAGCGCAUGUAAACUAAUGGCCAAACAAAAAGUGGCCCUCGAAUGUCUGUCGUAUCACGCGACCGCGUCCGUGGACGAUACCAUCAAAUUAGCGCAGGACAAAAUUCCUUCGGCCGAGACGUACAACUUAUACAGUUUUAAAUUCAUAGACUUUGAUUUGUCAGACGACGAUACGUGUAAAGCGACCAUCCGUAUGUUCCUGCAGUGCAAUCUAGUGCAACAAUUCCAAAUUCCAUAUCACGUCCUUUGCAAAUGGGUGUUAAGUGUGAGGAAAAAUUAUCGACCAGUAAAAUAUCAUAACUGGAGACACGCGUUGAACGUGGCCCAGACUAUGUUCGCCAUGUUGAAAACCGGAAAGAUGGAAAGGUUCAUGAGCGACUUGGAAAUCUUGGGAUUGCUGGUGGCGUGUUUGUGUCACGAUCUGGAUCACCGGGGCACGAACAAUGCUUUCCAGACGAAGACCGAAUCACCGUUAGCAAUCCUUUAUACGACCAGUACAAUGGAACACCAUCACUUCGAUCAAUGCGUAAUGAUCCUAAACAGCGACGGCAACAACAUAUUCCAAGCGCUGUCGCCGGAAGAUUAUCGUUGUGUUAUGAAGCUGGUGGAGAACUCGAUUCUGUCGACCGACCUGGCAAUGUAUUUCAAAAAGAAAAACAGAUUCAUGGAGGUCGUUGAAAAUGGUGAAUUUGAUUGGCAAAGCGAAGAGAAAAAAGCUCUGUUGUGUGGUAUUUUGAUGACUGCUUGCGACGUGAGUGCUAUUGCAAAGCCUUGGGAAGUUCAACAUAAAAUGGCUAAGCUCGUGGCCGACGAAUUUUUCGACCAAGGCGAUUUGGAAAAGUUGCAACUCAACCAACAACCGAUGGCUAUGAUGGAUAGAGAAAAAAAAGAUGAACUACCACAGAUGCAAGUUGAAUUCAUCGAUGUCAUUUGUUUGCCGCUGUACAAAGUUCUAUGUGACACUUUCCCGUGGAUCAUGCCACUGUACGAGGGUACACUAGAAAAUCGAAAGCACUGGAAAGAUUUGGCAGAAAAAGUCGAAAUGGGCUUAACGUGGAUUGACCACGACAAAAUUGAAAUUCCUGUCGAAGAAUUUUUUACUCACAAAAGCACGAAAGACAUAGAGUUCACAGUAACCACACUGAACACUACCCAAAAUUCCACGAAGAAAAGCAAUACAAAAAGCCUCGACCUGAAUCUGGACACUUCCGCGGCGUUCCACCGGAACGGCGCCAAGUUCUCCAGCUUCCGGAAAAAACCCACGUCCAGCCGGUCGUUCCGGAACCGCGUCAGCCGGUCGCUGUACAACAGCACGGCCAGCGGCGGCGGGUCCGCCUCCAUGACUUCCGACCCGGCGAAGCCGUCCGACGCCGCGGCCACCGCCGACCAGCACAACAUGAUCAGUUCCGCGUCACUUCCGGUGUUCACGUCGCCGGCGUCCACGCCGGGCUACAGCAGCAGCGGAGGCGGCGGCGGCAAGCAGCCCGCGCACACGCCGUCGAUGUCGGCCACGCCCGUGAAAAACAAGAGCAAAUAUUGCCGAAUUCUGUGA